AUGGGUAAGUCAUUUAAGGUUUUUCUUAAUAAUUACGUUUACAGCUGUUUAGAAUGUGGUAAUCAUUUGUCUGACCCUACUGAAUUAGUUUCUACAUCCUUUAGAGGUAGAACAGGACCUGCUUGGCUAUUUUCCAAAGUUAUAAAUGUGUGUGAAGGACAAUACGAAGACAGAAUGAUGACAACAGGUCAGCAUACAAUCGUUGAUAUUUAUUGCAAUAAUUGCAGAAAUAAUGUUGGAUGGAAAUAUGAGGAUUCCUCUGAAGAAUCACAAAAAUAUAAAAAAGGGAAAUAUAUUUUAGAAAAAGCAUUACUUUCUUUUUUAGUUAUUGAUGAAUAUGGAAAAGAGCACGAAUUUGAACUUAAAUCAUCUGAUUGUGAUUUUUGA